UUUUUAUUGGAAUCAGAACUAGUUAGUGGGUUUAUGACAGAGCAUUCCGCUGUUAUUUUUGUAUUCUUCUUUUUAGCUGAAUAUGCUAGUAUAAUUCUUAUUUGUAUUUUAAAUAGUAUUUUAUUUUUAGGUGGUUAUCUGUUUGACUUUAACUAUUAUCUAUAUCCUUACUUUUAUUUACUGCAAUUUAUUGCAGGAGAUAGUUAUAUGUAUUUAACAGAAAAUGAAACUAAUUUUAAUGUAAUUGACUUUGAUAAUUACAAUUCAGUAAUAGGAACAACUAUAAGUGGUGUGGUAAUAGGUCUUAAAACUUGUAUAAUGGUAUUUGUAUUUAUCUGA